UUUCGGUGAGUUUGCGGUAGCGAAAGUAUGCGGUAUCUGAAUCGUGCUAUUGCGAAAGGAAUUUCUGUCGAAAAUGCUAAUUGCGGAAUAUCAUCGCGAUGAAUCGUCACUUGUUGCACUUUAGCAUAGAGAAGUGAUCGCAUCCGGGAGUGAAAGAUCGCGAACAUGUGAAAAAUUUACGCCAGCUCUACCGAGUAUACAUACUUGUAUCGUUGCAUCGGUCAAAAUUGUGUGUGUGUGUGUGCAGAAGCUUGAAUAUUUAUACGGAUCGAGGAUCGAUAUACGCUACGGUCAUCUACUGUCAAAGAGAUUGGACAGCGGAAGGCCCGAUUUUCGUGAUGCGAUGAAUGCUACGAUUUACAUUUGAUUCUAGUUGCGAACGGAAGGAGCGAUGCCCGGCUUGGAGCGGCUUAAUCGCUGCGGUCGUCUGAUCGAGGGAAUCCGAAGGGAUUUCUUGAAAUAUUAUCUGAAAAAAUGUCCAACCCUGUUUCACAUCUGCUACGAUCCGAUCGGCACUCAUCGAAAAGCAAGGACCUUUAUCGGAUUUCUCUUCGGGCUUGUCGCGGCUGUCGUGCUUUACGAGGGCAUAAUCGUCGAUCUACAAUUCGACGCAUACACCAGUAUCUCUCUGGGAGCUAUCCUCGUCGUGAUGUUGUCGAUAGGAUGUGCAUCAUCGAUACAAGUGAGAUGCAUCUGUCUUUUAACGAUCCCAACUUUCCUCGGUCGUUCCGGACGCAACGUUUUGAGAGCGCUCGUCCUAGGAUACGUGAUCGCAGGACCGAUAUUCAAUUUAACGUACAACGGCAAGGAAGUGGUGAGAACUUUCGCUUGCACGACGCAGCUGACAUACAAUCUCAGUAAGACGCGCUACGAUCUCAUGUUCAAGCCUUUUCAGCAGGCGGUGCUCGCUAUAAAAGCGGAUGCGAGCGAAUUGAAGGAUACCUUAUCCUCGGUGAGGGAUUUGAUGAGUCCGAUAGUCGAGGAAAUCGAGGGCGAGGAAGAGAUGAAGCGUUUGAAAGAGGAGAACGACUAUUUGGACGAGCUUCAGGACGAUACGAAGCGCAGCGACGAAAUCGAGGAGAAACAUGAGAAAGAGAUCGAGAAGGCGAAGUCUGAGGCGGAUGUUUACGAGGCGAAGUACAAGAAGAAGAUCGAGGCGCGCUGCGAGGAACAGCUUAGUCGCGGCACGGAACGUUGCAGAGACAUGUUCGGUGAUGCCUACGACAAGUGUUACGACACAGUAUCAGUCUUCGCAGCCUGGUUAUUAUGCUGGCCGAUGAAGCUCACCUUCGUGUGCAAUCUGGUGCAAGCCCUCGGUGGCUCUAACAUCUGCGAUCCCGAAGGGAAAGUGGAUUCCGGCAUCGGCGAGGGCUACGUCGCUUUAAAAAGAGCCAGGGAUACGUUCAGCAAAAGUCUCAAGGAGGCGAAGUUGCAGUACAAAGUGAAAAAGAUGCCGGUGAUCCUCGAUCUUCACGAUGCCACGGACGCUGCCCAGGCGGUGAUGCACGAGUUUAACGCGCGCAAGAAGAUCUUCGAAUCGGUGAUGAUGAUUAUUAAGAGAUGCCUGUCUUUCGUGUUCUUGAGAAUCAUUCUGAACGCUCAGACGUACAAUGACAAGUAUCUAACCGACAUCGAGCACGAUAACGUGUACGUAACGUCGUAUUUCCGGAAGAUCGACGCGAGGCGAAAGGCACGCGGCAGCUUGACCUUGCUGCCUCUGAAGAAGAUUGAGAGAUCGAAGUUCGUGAAUCCGUAUAGCCUGCAGCCGAGCGAGGUCGAGCGGGUGCACUUGACCGGCCAAACGGUGAAGCUGAUCCUUGAGAUGAUCAGCAUGACAACAUUCGUAUUACUAGACAGGCUCUUCUUCGAGGCACUCGACUUGGUCAGAAGAUAUGCUCACAUGGAAUACACUCAGGCGGGGCAUCACGACAUGAUUUUGGAGGUUCGCGGGACCGGAAUGAUAGCGUCUUUGAUACGUAGCGUUAUACGAGGAUUCAACGUGAAGCGGCGAGUGAAGACUGUGAUGUCGAACAGCGCGUGCCUACCGAAGCCCAGCAGAGUGCCGAAUUAUGUGAUCCUCAAGAUCUACUCGACUUAUCUCGGCAUUUUGGUAAUGUUAUUCACCGCUGCUUACACCCAGCGACUGCGACGCGUCAUCUGUUCGUUCUUCUACCGGAAACGCGAGAAGAGACGCGUGCUGUACCUCUACAACGAGAGCUUGAGACGUCGACUCGGCCACGCCAGAUUCAUGCGGGCCAAGGUCAGGUCUUUGGUCAGAACUCGCCGGCUGGAGUACGACGUGGACCCGUGGCUCGCCCUGAGGCAACGCUGGCCGGCGUUCUGCGGCUGGCUCGCGUUUUUCAUCUGUGCGCGUCAUAGGUGUCUCGUCUGCGGCGAAGUGGAGCCCAGAAAAGGCUCGCAAUUUCACAGAUGCACGACGCCCGGAUGUCCCUUCAUCCACUGUCCCGAGUGCUGGCACGAUGUCGGUGAGAUUUGCUACGCCUGCACGGACAUCGGCGAGACGGAUGACGAUACAGACGAGUAUGAGGCUCGGCACGAUGAUUUUCAGCCGCGAUUAAAGUGAAUCCGAUAAUAAUGAAAUAAAUUAAUUUGAUUUUACGUCGUUUUUCCGCGAGGGCUUGCUUGCGUUUCAAUUUUUUUUUUCAACUUACAUUUGCGUAUUUUUCUGUCUAUUCGUGUCUUUGACAUUUUUUAAUAUAAAGAUUACACAGCCUGCUGUAAAUUUGGGAGUCUAAUUUAUAAUACAAGUUUAAGUUAUUUAUGUAUAUUACAAACAUUCUAUCGUUUUAAAUAAAUAUUUCAAUUUUUUAAUAACAAAUCUCAAGAUAUCGUUAAAACACUUAUAUUUUACAAAAGUAAUGAAGAAAUGUAAAGCAGUAUUUUUCAAACAGUGGUGCGUGUUUUUAAGAUAGUUAACUAACAACUUGAUUAAUGAUACAGGAUUGACUAAGGAUUGAUUAAGUGAAUAUAAAAAGUCAAUUUGCAAAUGUGACGCACUCGAUGCGUCUGGCGCUCUUCGGAGAGGAAGUUUUUUGUCAUAUAACGCUGCUGGCGGAAAGCUUCCGCUCAAUGAUAGUUUGUUUUAGCUACUCUUCUCCGCGUGUAAAUAAAGUCGUGUGAUUAGGAUUCAAGUGAGGAGAGUGCCGGGGGAUUCCGUGUACGGUGGACUAACGAGGACACACGCGACGAUAAACGCGCGCGGAAUACAUCAUGACGCAUAUAUUACGAACGAUAUUUUAUUUGCAUACUCGUGUGUGCGUGUUACAUCUUAAUUACGUCGAAAUACAGACAGAAGGACAAUAAGGCAAUUAGCGCCGUUUUAAUACA